CUAAAACAUAAUACAGUGCAAACAAACCAAACCAACCACCCACAGAUAACAGUACAUACAAGCAAGCGUCGUCAGGCAGGCCGGGUCAAUAUCAAUAGGGCAGGUAGGUACAGGGGGAGCAAGCGGAGAUGGGUCGGGGUCACAGGCCAGGUUCAGCAGGUAGCAAGCAGCGUGGUACAGAGGGCCAGGCAGAGGGAUGGUCAGGAGCGAGCCGGGAUCAGAGCAGGAGAAGUCAGCAGCGGUUCAGAUCAGGCAGGGUCAGCAAAGGAACAGAAACAGGAUGCAGGACAGAUACAGGGCCCAGGACAAACACAACACCAAGGCAGAGUCUGCAAGUCUGGCCAU